CCCGGUUCCACGGCGGGGGGGGGGGGGGGGACCCGUCCCGCCGCCGCGGCCCCGCCGAGCCAUAAAGCCCAUGGGGAGCCGGCCGGGCUGAGCACGGCAGGACCCGCGACCCCCCCAGCAAGAUGACGUCCUCCACCAAGGUGUACUACAGCCAGACCACGCAGACCGACAGCCGCCCGCUGAUGGGGCCGGGGCUGCGGCGGCGCCGGGUGCUGACCAAGGACGGCCGCAGCAACGUGCGCAUGGAGCACAUCUCGGACAAGCGCUUCCUGUACCUCAAGGACCUGUGGACCACCUUCAUCGACCUCCAGUGGCGCUACAAGCUCCUGCUCUUCUCCGCCACCUUCGCCGGCACCUGGUUUGCCUUCGGCGUGGUCUGGUACCUGGUGGCCGCGGCACACGGCGACCUGCUGGAGUUCGAGCCGCCCGCCAACCACACGCCGUGCGUGAUGCAGGUGCACACGCUGACCGGCGCCUUCCUCUUCUCCCUCGAGUCCCAGACCACCAUCGGCUACGGCUUCCGCUACAUCAGCGAGGAGUGUCCGCUGGCCAUCGUGCUGCUCAUCACCCAGCUGGUGCUCACCACCAUCCUGGAGAUCUUCAUCACCGGCACCUUCCUGGCCAAGAUCGCGCGGCCCAAGAAGCGCGCCGAGACCAUCAAGUUCAGCCAGAACGCGGUGGUGGCGCAGCACGACGGCAAGACCUGCCUGAUGAUCCGCGUGGCCAACAUGAGGAAGAGCCUCCUGAUCGGCUGCCAGGUCACCGGGAAGCUGCUGCAGACCCACCUCACCAAGGAGGGCGAGAGCGUCCGGCUCAACCAGCUCAACGUGGACUUCCAGGUGGACACGUCCUCGGACAGCCCCUUCCUCAUCCUGCCGCUGACCUUCUACCACGUGGUGGACGAGGCCAGCCCGCUGCGGGACGUGUCCCUGCGCUCGGGGGACGGCGACUUCGAGCUCGUGGUCAUCCUGAGCGGCACCGUGGAGUCGACGAGCGCCACGUGCCAGGUGCGCACGUCCUACCUGCCCGAGGAGAUCCUGUGGGGCUACGAGUUCACGCCGGCCAUCUCGCUGUCGGCCAGCGGCAAGUACGUGGCCGACUUCAGCCUCUUCGACCGCGUGGUGAAGGUGGCCGCGCCCUGCUGUCACCACGAGGCCGUCCGGUUCGGGGACCCCGAGAAGGUGAAGUUGGAGGAGUCGCUGAGGGAGGCGGAGCGGGAGGGGGAGGGGGCCCCGCUCAGCGUCCGCAUCAGCAAUGUCUGAGGGGGGACACAGAGGUGACAUCGGCACCGGUGGCACCGGAGCAAGGGGUGGCAGCGGGCCCUGGGUGGCACCAGAGCAAGGGGGUGGUGGCAGGUGCUGGAGGUGUCGCCGUGUCUGGAGGUAUCACCAGAUUCGAGGGGACGCCAACAUC